AUGGUCUCCCGGACCGACCGCGAGACCCUCCGCGCCGAGCUCCGCGCUCGUGGCGACACCAAACUCAAUGCCACCGAACGCGAGAAUCUCCUCAAACCCUACCUGCCCGAUCCAGCAGACUUGGAGCCCACCUCCUCGAGCGUGAACUCGCCGUCGCAAUCUCGCACGGGUGCCAACCCCUCGCAACGGCGCCAGCGGCCUCGCAAGAAGCCGAUUCGCACAUUCCUCAAGUCGCAACUCUACAAGUUGACGUAUGCCAUCACACAUAUCUUCUUCGGGAUCGUGGUCCGUCUCCUGCAGGCGUACCAUGCGGUGGUCGACCGAGUCUUUGCGAUUGUAUACCACCACCACCGCACCCCGGAGCUGAUUCGCAAGGAUGUUCGGGGGUUGAAACGCUUACCGGAGCAUCUGAGUGUGAUCUUGACGCUCCACAAAGAGGACGAUGCCUUGGCGGUCUUGAUGGACGAGGUGGCCGAGUUGGCUGCCUGGAGUGCGAGUGCGGGGAUUCCGCAGUUGAGCGUAUAUGAGAAAUCAGGAAUCCUCAAAUCAUGCAUCCCCGCUCUUCACCAAAACAUUUCCACCAAAUUGACCUCCUACUUUGGCACAUCCGCCCAACAACCUUCCCUCCAGCUCUUUGCGCCUCACCACCCCGUCUACGCAGUCUCAACACCCAGAACCGAAUCCUCACCCUCCAACACUCAGUCCCAAUCUCUUACAAUCCUCCUCCUCUCCGCUACAGAUGGCCGCGAAACCAUCGUCGACCUCACCAAGACCCUCGCCGAAAUGUCUCAAAACGGCAAACUAUCGCCCGACGACAUCACCCCCGAACUCGUCGACGCCGAACUCAGCGACAUCACCACGCAGCCUCUCCAGACCCAGCUGGGCAAGAGAUCCCCCGGUGCCCGCCCUAUCAUGAAACCCGAGCCGGAUCUUCUGCUUGUUUUUGGGUCGUUCCUGAAACUGGACGGCUAUCCACCGUGGCAGAUUCGGUUGACGGAAAUGUACUGCACAGGCGAUCACAAUCAUGGGAUGACUGGGUAUGGAGAGGCGGUGGAGUAUCAGGGAUUCAUGAGGGGGUUGUGGCAUUACGCCGGUGCGCAGAUGCGAUUUGGUCGGUAG